CCCUUACAUAUCAAGGUUUUCCUUGACUCAUUAGUUCCCCUUUGCGGUCCCUUGGUGACCUCCUCAUGUGUCCCACGCAAACAGAUCUAUCCUUGUGGUGCAGCAGGUUGAAAAAAGGAGCACAUCACAAGCCCGUGAUGCCAGUUUAGGAGUCUGCUUAAAGAAACCCUAAAAUGCCGGGAUAAAAGAGGCAUUGUACCAGUUUUUCUGAGAAAUUGGUGACACAGGUGGAGAUUUAAGAGGAAAUACAAGAAACCCGAGGGAGUCUGGAGCCCCCAUACUGUGGGCUUUGAACUAGAGGUGGAAAAUCUCGGUCUCGGGAGGCCAGAAACAGGGAGGGAGCUGAAUACCAACAACCUGAGAAUUGGACUGGUUAUCUAAGUAGCCGCAGUAAAUAUCAACUGGAACACGACGGUGGUGCAUCCAAGGAGUUUGUUGAAGAAAGCAGUGCGAGUAGUUUGGGGUCUUGGAGAUUUUAGUAGCAGAAAGGAAGAGAAAGGGGUUUAUGCUGGAAAUAUUGUAGAAGUAAGAGUAAGUUGUGGGGGUGGAGGACACGUACAGGGGAAGAUCCAAGAAUGAAGUGAAGAUUAUACCAAAUUUCUUUUUACUUGAGAGAUUGAGAAGUACAGGAAUCUGGGCAAAGGAUCCCGAAGGAAAAGUAGAAGUGUGGCGAGGCACGCUGGCCCGCAUGCGCUACAAGAGAACCAAGGCAGCUCUGACAAUUAUCAGAUAUUACCGGCAUUACAAAGUGAAAUCGUACAUUCAUGAGGUUGCCAGACGCUUCCACGGCAUCAAGACCAUGAAGGACUACGGCAAGCACGUGAAGUGGCCAACCCCACCUAAAGUUCUCCGCCGUUUCGAGGAGGCCGUACAGGCCAUUUUUAAUAGAUGGAGAGCAUCCCAGCUCAUCAAGAGCCUGCCCGCCUCCGACCUGCCCCAGGUCAGGGCCAAGGUUGCAGCCAUGGAAAUGCUGAAAGGUCAAAGGGCUGACCUUGGGCUCCAGAGAGCCUGGGAGGGCAACUAUCUUGCUUCGAAGCCAGACACACCUCAGACCUCAGGCACUUUUGUCCCCGUUGCAAACGAACUGAAGCGGAAGGACAAAUACAUGAACAUCCUCUUUUCCUGUCAUGUCCGUAAGAUCCAGAAACUUAUAAGUGGAUCUGGAGUUGAUCAGAUAAUCAAGAGUGGCUUUUGUGGGCCAGAAUCAGACAUAAAACAGUAUAUGAGCCACAAUGUCAAUUUGUGA